CUUUAAGUAUAAAAGGGAUUGAAAAUUGUGUCAAUAAUCAGUUCAAUUUCAAGCAUCAACUAAAACUUUAGUAAAAAAUGGAAAUUAAAGGUCUAAUUAUCGUUUUAUUGUCCAUUGGAUCAACUUUUGGACAAUCAAUUGAUUGUACAUUUGGAGAGAUAACAGUUGGAUCUGGUCUUUUAUACGCUUGCCAUUUAAAUAUUUUCAAUCCACUCGGAUUCGAUAACUUUACAGCAAUUAGUGGUGUUCAUUUGGCAGGAAGAACUAAUGCAGAUGUUACGGCUGUAGUGAAAGCUCCAUUGUCGAGAACCUUAACAAUUCCAAGAAUCAUCUGCUCAGUAUUUCCAAAUGUUGUCUAUGUGGAUUAUUCAGAAAUGCACUUGGUGUCUAUUGGAGAACAAGACUUGAGAAGCUGCAGAGGAUUAGAGUUUGCCUUAUUCAAUAACAACCACAUUGUUCAGGUUCAUCAAAAUGCAUUUGUGAAUAACUUAAGACUUGUUAACAUUGAUUUUAACAACAACACCCUCAUUGAACUGCCAGAAGGAGUUUUCAGCACAUUAGCAGGUCUUUACUUUUUGGUACUGUCCAACAAUCCAUUAACAAGAAUUUCUGCUGGAGCAUUCAAUGGUGCAAUAACUUUAAGACGGUUAUACAUGGUUUCAAAUGGAAUAGAAGCAAUCAAUCCUGAAUGGUUCCGUCCUUUAGGUGACAUCCGAAGACUAACAAUGAGCAAUAACUCAAUAUCUGAACUCCCUGAAGAUGUCUUCAGACAUUUACCAGAGCUUAGAAUUCUUGAAUUGGGCGAUAAUCCAUUAGGCAGUAACAUUCCAUCCAGAGUAUUCAGCUUCACACCUAGACUUGUUGAAAUGAGACUGUCCAAUGCUGCAAUCACUACACUUGACCCAGAAUGGUUCAUUAGUUCUUCAAACUUCUCAGUCAUUGAUUUUAGUGGCAACUCAAUUAGAUCAAUUUCUGCAAACAUUUUUGAAAAUGCCAAUUUGACAACAUUGCAAACAUUUGACAUUGGACACAACUUAUUGUCUGAAUCAACCAUUCCUGCAACUUUGUUUGACGGAUUCCCAAACCUUGUAUAUUUGGGGCUUAAUGGCAAUUCAAUUCGCGUUGUCAAUCCAAGAUGGUUUGAAAGACUUUCUCAGCUUAGAAUCCUCAAUCUUAAGGCCAAUAUCAUGUAUCAAAUCCAAAGUGAAGUCUUCGUAUCAUUGCCAUCAGUCAUUGAUUUGAAUUUAGGGCUGAACAGAAUCAGCGUUGUUAACAGGAAUGCAUUUGGAAGCUUGGAAAAUCUUAGAUAUGUCAAUUUUGCAGAUAAUUGGGUUAAUGCUGUCGAUGCUGAAUUCUUUAAUGAUGCAACAUCUUUGGAUGUUAUUAAUCUUCGUGACAACAACUGCACAAAUGAAAAAUUCGAAAAAUUCGGUGAUAAUCGUGAGCAGUUCAUGACAAGCUUAGUGCAUUGUACACGAAACUUCCGAUAUACAUUUGACACCAACACAGCUGCUGGUGGAGAUCAUUCAAUCUUCACUGCACCACGCUUUGGAAUGCACAUUCGAACUAAUGCAAGACAAGAGAUUAGAAUUGCUUUGCUAUCAUCAAAUGAAAUUCGUGAACCAAUUGUAGAAAUCAUCAUUGGAUAUAGCAACAACACAAGAUCAAGAAUCGCUAGAAAUGGAAAUGUUGUAGUCAGCAUGCAAACUCCUGCAGUAUUGAACCAAACUGGAACAAAUAUAUUUAGAGUCACAUGGGCAAAUAAUGUCAUCUCAGUCAGUAGAGAUACUCAACCGUUUCCAUUCAUAUCAUUUACAGCCGAAGGUGUUUUCACUCCUAGUUUUUACGGAAUUAGAUCAAUCCUUAGUGAUGUUAAUUGGAGCAUCCGUCCAAUUAGUGCUGGAGGAUUUUGAGCAAUUCUUAACAUUCGUUUAGUUUUGAUGACACAGAAGGAAGUAACAAAAUGAAGCUUAUUGUCAUUAAAUAUAUAAAUUUACACCAGUUUAAAUCCCACAGAAAUGAAAUUAAAUAUCUAAAUUGCUAUUUUUAUUGAUUGCAAUUUUAAUAAAGCAUAAAAAGCUAAAACACAA